AUGGGGAACAUCGCGUGUGUCCCGCAGGCACCUGGGGGCUUCAGGAGCUCCUUCCGAAGGAAGCCUUCGCUGAAGAAAGCACAAAACAGCAAGAAAAAACUGCCCAGCUUUUUUGGUCUAGAAGGAGGGCAGGAGAGAGACACGACCACGGACAAAAUCCUGCAGUAUAUUCCAGCAAAGAUUAUCCCGAACCCGGAAAACCAGAAAGAAAACUUGGACCAGAGGUUCCCCAGCCUGUUCAAGAAGGGACGAAGGAAAACGACUGUCAGGAACCUGGGAAAAAUCAUCUAUUACUCCAAGGUCAAGUUAAAGUUCCAGCACUGCCAGGAGGUCAAUGACUGCUUCUUGGAGCUGUUCCAGUCCUACCUGUACUUCCAGUCCGUGGGCUCCAAUGGACUCACCCACCAGGAACUGCUGCCUCUGAAGGAGCUGAAUGUCUGUGAGAUUGAGGCUGGGAAGGGCCCUGGGCAGCAGGAUUGCCACGCUUUCCUCAUUGCAGGUCCUCGGCUCAACCCCCUUGUUGUGUUCUGCCCCUCUGAGUCAGAGCUGAAGCAGUGGCUUUAUCACCUGGAGAAGCAGAUCCAGCUGAAUGGAGGAAGCCUUGCCUUGCCCUUCCUCCCUCAGAACGGCUGGAAGCAGAGCUCCGUGGGGAAGGAGGAGCUGCGGUGGUGCAUGCAGCACAUGCCUAUCCAGGGCUGGAGUGGGACUCAGAGGGAAUCCCUGGGCCGUGUCCUCUGUACCUCUGAAGUGAAGCUUCAGCAUCUGCCAUUCCAGGAGCAGAAUGACCGGCUGUUGGUGCUUUAUGCCUCCACACUGGUGAUAGUUUCUGAAGAGCAGAAUGGCUUCUGUUUUAAGGGCGAGCUGCCACUCAACGCCAUCCAGGUGCUUUUUGAAGAGAACGAGAAAAGCUCCUUUUUAAUCGAAGGCCGGCUGAUCAAUUCGAUCCGGGUGACCUGCCGCAGUUACGAGGAUUACCAGGAGUGGCUCUACUGCCUCAACACGGCCCAGUUUCGAAACGCCGACUCCUCCCUCUCCGGAUCCGAGAGUUUCUCAGGAUCAAAGCCGCCACACCCCAGCCAGUUCACCAGCAGCGGGAGGGGGUCCCUCACCUCCGACGGCCGCACGAAUUCCUGGGCGUCCGGAGGGAGAGUGACCACCGUGACCCACCUGUCCCAGACCAGCGGCUCCCUGCCCGACGGACACUCCUUCCUGCUGAUGCCUGAGGGCAGGCUGCUCGAAGAUGCCCUCUCCUCUGGCUAUUCCCAGCCUCUCCAUUGCCUGGCACAAGCCAACUGGCCCAGCACGGGGCUGCCCACACAGGACCUGCGGAGAGGGGGCAGCGCCAGGAAAUCCAAGGGCAAAUGCGGGCCGUGCAUCCAGCAGCUGCCCAGCCAGGACUCGGAGAGGAGCAUCUGCAGCCUCAUUCCCGAAAAUCCCAACGGCGAAAUCCCGUCCCCGGAGUACAACGAGCCGUACUCGGCUCACGGCUCACAGCAUCACCCCCCAGCUCCCCCGUCACACCUCAGCAGCUUCCUGCAGUGCCACAGGCAGACGGGUCCAGCUCAGGCAAACGGGUGCCCAGCAAUCCCUGUGCCCCAGCAGCACCUCUCUCUGGAGAAAUGGAACUGCCAGCCCCUGCCCAGUGGCCACUGCAGAGAGGUGCCCACAGCUCCCAUUUACAGCACCCCUGGCACCUCCCACCGGCUCCAGCUGCGGGCACAGGCUGAAGCUUCUUAUCUUGAGGAGAUCUCUUCACUGCCAGAGGAACAUCUGGGCCCUUCAUUGCACCCACCAGGUGGGAAUGUCGGCACCUACGACCUGCCAGAUUCCAGCUGCCGGCACCGCGACUCCGCCGCCUUCCACGACUAUGCCGAGCUCCAGAGCUUCCACAGUGACUUCAGCUAUGACAACCUGUGGGAAGCUGAGGAGAAGGAGCCAGGCACCCCACACACCUCCCCAUCUCCAGUCCAGCAGAUUUACCAGGUCUAAGGGAUGGUCUCCACAGCCAGGCACAGAAAGCCCUCCCAUCCCGGGCUCUUUUCUCGCUGGGCUUCCCUCCAGGA